AAAAUCACAUGAACUAAACCCCUCAUAUGUUCUCAAUUUUUCAUUUCCUUAGUUUGAACAAAAACACGACAUCAUCAAAAUUAUCACCAUGUUUCACAUUCCUUCAUCUCCAUUUCAAAACCAAAACAAAUUACCAAUGCAAUUCACAAUCCACUCACCACCAUCCUCUUCCCCUUUCACCAUUGCCUCCUUUACAAGAUUCACUCCCACCCCUUCAAACCUCACUUUCAAAACCACAAGAAGAAACCGCUCCCGUUUUGCUUUAAUUGUCAGAGCCAAAGGUGGAACAGAUUUCUACUCAACUUUGAAUGUUAGCAGCAAUGCUUCUUUGCAAGAAAUCAAAAGCUCAUAUCGGAAAUUAGCUCGAAAGUACCAUCCAGAUAUGAACAAAAACCCCGGAGCAGAGGAGAAGUUCAAGGAGAUUAGUGCUGCAUACGAGGUCCUAUCAGAUGAUGAGAAAAGAUCUUUAUAUGAUCGCUUUGGUGAGUCAGGUCUACAAGGAGAAAAUGGCGGACCAGCCAAUGCCUCGGGGGUUGAUCCUUCUGAUUUAUUCGAUGCAUUCUUUGGUCGUUCGGAUGGACUAUUUAGUGAUGAUGGGGGAUUUGGCUUCAAUUUGAGAAACGAUAGAAACCGUAGCCAUGAUAUUCGGUAUGACCUUCAAUUAAGCUUUGAAGAGUCGAUUUUUGGAGGAAAGAGGGAGAUUGAAGUUUCUUGUUAUGAGACAUGUGAUAGUUGUGAUGGUACAGGAGCUAAGUCAAAGAAUAGCAUUAAACAAUGCACAAAUUGUGGCGGCAAAGGAGGAGAGAAGAAAACCCAGAAAACACCCUUUGGAAUGAUGUCUCAGGUUUCUACGUGCUCUAAGUGUGGUGGUCUUGGCAUGAUAAUCACGGACCGUUGUCGAAAGUGUGACGGCAGCGGUCACGUGCAAGCUAAUCGAAAAAUGGAAGUGGUCAUUCCACCUGGCAUCAAUGAUGGAGACACAAUGCAAAUUCGAGGAGAAGGGAAUUUUGAUAAAAGAAGGCGUCAUAUUGGGGAUCUUUUUGUUGUCCUCCAUGUCGAUAAAAAGCAAGGAAUUUGGAGAGAGGGUCUCAAUUUAUACUCAAAGAUUAACAUUGACUUCACUGAAGCAAUACUAGGGUCUGUUAAAAAGGUAGAAACUGUUGAAGGUUUAAGGGACCUCCAAAUUCCUUCUGGGAUUCAACAUGGACAUUCAGUGAAGUUAUCGCGUUUGGGAGUUCCAAACAGGAAUAAACAAUCUGUUCGAGGCGAUCAUUACUUUGUUGUAAAUGUUCUUAUUCCUAAAGAUAUCAGUGGCACGGAACGUGCUCUUGUUGAGCAGUUAGCUUCACUGAGAGCAUCUACGAAAGUUCAUUCAUCGUCUUCUUCUGAUGACUUCGGUAUACCAAAAGGAAAAUUCAAUGAUUUCAUGAAGAGGGAUACAAAAAGUGAUGACUCGAGCCAGGGAACCGAAACUGCAAAUUCUCUAUGGGGAUCAAUCAAGAACUUCUUAAGGAAAGGAAAGUCUGAAGAAAGGUUUGCUUCAAUUAGCCAAGUUUCGUCGUCGUCAGCACUGUUGCAUAGAUUUGGCCACCAAAAAAACAAUUUAGUUCCACAUUCCAUUUUUGUUGUUCUCUUUAUAACAUGGAUUUUAAAAUCUAUAGCAAAGUCUAAGCACUUGUUAUUCCACAAAAGAACCUAAUCCUUCAUUAACAGAAGAGGAACACAUUGAAAAAAAUUUAGGAUAUGAUUAGUAAGAAAAGUAAAAAAUUGAAAAGGUUUUAGUUUUCACACCUUGAUUCUUUGUAGAGGAUUUAUUGGUGGAAAAUGAGUGAAGAACAUUUUAGCUUAUUUGCAAACUACAAGAGGCCGAAAUUGAGAAAGCCACCCCGUAAGUCAGGGUUUGAACUCUGAACCUCCUUCUCAUACUUCUUCGAGUGUUCCAGUUCGACCACUUGAGCCACGCUAUUCCGUUUUCGAGCAAGAGUUGGUAAUUUUCUCCCGAAAUUCUCACCUAAGAUGAGUAAUUGAAUUCACCUUCCUUGAUGUUCUUCUCCCAUUCUAACAAGUAAACAACCUUUGGUGGCUGCUUAUGUUGAAACAUGUUCCUGUCUUGUAUUUUAAGAUGUGAAUUUACAAUGAAAUUUUGAUUUCAUGUUGGCAAGGUCUGUGAAUCCUUUACAUAUGUAAAUUUGCCAAAGGAUAUGAAGAGAAUCAGCUGAUGUAGAUGGUUGACAUUGUUCCUCAAAAUAAUAAUUUGUAUCUUGAUAAAGUAAAUUUAUUGUUAAGAUUUCAAAUAUCC